CCUAACGGUAGCGGGAAAAGUAAUGUUAUCGAUUCAAUGUUGUUCGUCUUUGGCUACCGUGCCGCCAAAGUUCGGUCGAAAAAAUUAAGUCAACUCAUUCACCAAAGCGAACUCAUCCCAAACGCUGGUAGUUGCAUGGUAGCCGUACAUUUCCAGAAGAUAAUAGAUCAUGGACCUGGAGCGGAUGAGUAUGAGGUGGUUCCCGAUAGUUCCUUUGUUGUAUCUCGUCGUGCGUACCGAGAUAACUCGAGCACCUAUUGGAUUGAUGACACUCGUGCCGUUUAUCGAGAUGUGGCCAACUUACUACGACGGCAUGGCGUUGAUCUGGAUCACAACCGGUUUCUGAUUCUGCAAGGGGAAGUGGAACAAAUCGCUCUUAUGAAGCCCAAGGCACCAACGGAACACGAAGACGGUUUUCUAGAAUACCUUGAAGACAUCAUUGGCUCCAGUCGUUUCAAGCAACCACUCACUAUCUAUGCUGAUCGAAUUGAGAAGCUGAAUGACUUGCGUUUGGAAAAGCUUACGCGGGUGAAAGCAGUUGAAAAAGAAAAGGACGAGUUAGAAGGCGUGCGCAAUGAAGCAAUGGACUAUCUUCGUUUGGUGAAUCAAGUUACUCGGAUGAAAAACAUAAUGUUUCAAAAAAACUUGGCCACUGAACGAGCCACCGAAGCUCAUGCGAAAGAGCAGUUAUCAGCAGCUCAAGAGAAAUGUAAGAAACUAACUGCCGAAGUGAAAGAGAAGUCUCGUGAACUGGCGAAAACGGAGGAAGAACGAGAUGACGUUAUUGAACGGCACGCCCAAUUACAAGCUCGUCACCGUGAAACCAAAGCAAAGUUUUCUGAGUUUGAAGCCGAAGAUAGUCGUCUCCGAGAUGAGCAUGCACAUGUGAAAGCAACUGGUCGUAAACUAACCAAGUCGCUUCAAACGGAACGUAACAAAGUGGAAGAAUUGGAACGUCUACCUGGUGAGGCAGACGCUCGCCGCAGCGCUAUACAGCGUCAACUAGCGUCGAUCGAAGAGGCGAAGAAAAAGCACGAGGCAGCUUAUCAAGAAACAGUAAACAGCUUAGAGGUUGAGACCGCUCCUCUGCGCCUCAAAGUGGAGGCUGCUGAGAGUGCUCUUGCCCCACUCCAAUCCGAAGCUGACGAGCUAUCUAGUCGACUCACAUUGGAACGGCAACAAUUUGACUUGGUUAUGGCUGGUCAAAGGAGGGAGCAAGAACGUGCUGAUAAAGCUCGACAAGGCGCUCAGGAUGCCCAAAAGAGGCUGACGGAGCGGGAGGCUGAACUAGCUGAAGCUCAGCAACGCCUGGCACCCGCAUCAAGCGCGAAUACGGGUCGGCGGCAGUCUAGUCAAUCAGCUAGUCUUCAGGCUGCUUUGAAUUCGGCCAAUCGUGAUCUAAAUGAAGUGAAAACUCAGGAGGCGACCCUAAGCAAAGAUCUAAAUGAAUUGCGUACAAAGGUGGCAGAAUCGAAGUCCAGUAUGCAGGCUGAUAACUCGCGCGGUCGUGUACUCGCCGCUCUGUUAGAAGCAAAGCGAUCGGGACAGUUGCCUGGUGUACUUGGUCGUCUGGGUGAUCUUGCCUCCAUUCCACAAAAGUAUGAUGUGGCUAUUUCGACGUCUUGUGCUGCUUUGGAUAAUAUUGUCACCGACACCAUGGAUACGGCGCAAAAGGCAGUCACAUUCCUUAAACAGAACAACCUUGGCUUAGAUAAGAUGGAAAAGUUUGCAGAAAAAGCAAAGGCACCUUUCACUGUCCCACGCGGGGCAUUUCGUGCCGAGCGUCUUUUCGAUUUGAUCGAAUUGGAAGAAGAAUCUAUUCGACCGGCCUUUUAUUUUGCUUUACGGGAUACACUUGUUACCGACGAUAUGGACUCAGCUGUAAAAAUCGCAUUCCAACAGCGUCAACGUCAUCGAGUGGUCACACUCCAGGGCCAACUUAUUGAAACUUCCGGAGCCAUGUCCGGUGGUGGUGGUCGGCCUUCUUCCGGUCGCAUGCUGACAAGUCUGGCACAAGUUCGAGAACGCCGCCAACAAAUGGAACGCGGUGUAGCGUCCCGCCGCUCUUCACUUGGUAAAACUGACUCAGAUGCGACGACUUUGACUCAGUUGGAACAAAAGUUAGCGAAAGGUGAUGCUGAAUUGUCUCGACUACGCGAGGCCCGUGGACGAUUGGAAGAGGUGGUUACCCGGCUUACUCGUCAGCGGGAUGAGGCCGAACGGACAGUGAAACGAUGCGAAGCAGAUAAAGCGGAAGAACGUGCCCGUUCAGUCGGUCCAUCGACCCAAGAACAGCAGCGAUUACAAGUUAGUCUCGCCAAGUUGGAAAAAGAAACCAAGCUGAAAGUCGAUCAGGCCCAGAAAAAACGUGCGGAAGUCGAGAAACUCAAGGCUGAGCUACUUGAUGUUGGUUCGGUGCGGUUGACUGCGGUGCGCAGUCGAUUAGAUGCAUUCGAGGAGAAAGCGAAAGAGACACAAGAUCAGCUGACAAAAUUGGAAGUGAGUGUGAAAACUGCGGCACGCAACCUCGAAAAAGCCCUGAUCAAAGUGGCUAAUAUUGAGGCCGAACUGGAGGCUGCCAAAAAUCGAUUGAUCGAAGUGGAUGCCAAACUGAAGGAACUAGAAGAGGAAGCGCGAGCAUGUAUGGCCGAGUUUCAGAAAAUCCAGUCUGACCGUCAAAGUCUCACCGAAUCUUUGUCCGCCAGUUGGAGCUCUUCGUCCUCGAUGCCCAUUCAAACUAGCCACAUUUAA